UCUCUCUUCACUCCCCAAACCUCUACUCUCUCUCCUUUGCUUUUAGGGUUCUUCAUCUCAUCAACCAUGGCAGCUGGUCAAGUUGUGAAGAAGGAGGAAGAUGAGGUUGUGAAGGUGUCUGUCCAUGGAAAGUCCCACAUUAUGCCCACUAAGAAGCUUGGGAGAAGAGAGUGUCAGUUGAUCACAUUUGAUCUCCCAUAUUUGGCCUUCUACUAUAACCAAAAGCUGCUAUUCUACAAGGGGUCUGACUUUGAGGACAUGGUGGGUAGAUUGAAGGAUGGGUUAGGGGUAGUUUUGGAAGAGUUUUAUCAGUUGGCUGGGAAGCUGGAGAAGGACGAAGAUGGGGUCUUUAAGGUUGUGUAUGAUGAUGAAAUGGAGGGUGUGGAAGUGUUGGAAGCAAGUGCUGACCAGAUCAGUGUCUCUGAUCUAACAGAUGUGGAGUGCACAAGCAUGAUGAAGGAUAUGGUGCCAUACACCCAAGUCUUGAACUUUGAGGGUCUUCAUAAACCCCUCCUGGUCCUACAGUUCACCAAGCUAAGAGAUGGACUCGCACUGGGAUGCGCUUUCAACCACGCGAUCCUCGACGGUACCUCCACGUGGCACUUCAUGAGCUCGUGGGCCGAGAUCUGCAACGGAGCCGACUCCGUCUCCGUCCCACCGUUCCUCGAGCGCACCAAAGCGCGCAAAACGCGCGUGAAGCUCGACCUCCCUCUCAACCCCGCAGCCGCCCCUCCAAACGGCACGGCGGGGCCACCGCCGCUUCUCCGCGAGCGCAUCUUCCGAUUCUCGGAAUCUCAAAUCAACCAGAUCAAGUCCACGCUCAACAAAACCCCAUCCGAUGGCUCCAAACCCUUCUCCACCUUCCAAUCGCUCUCCACGCACGUGUGGCUCGCCGUGACACGCGCUCGCCAACUCAAACCCGAGGACGUCACUGUCUACACCGUCUUCGCCGACUGCCGCAAGAGGGUCGACCCUCCCAUGCCGGAGUCCUACUUCGGCAACCUGAUUCAAGCCAUCUUCACCGUCACCGCCGCCGGACUCCUCUACGCAAACCCACCGGAGUUCGCCGCGGCGAUGAUUCAAAAAGCGAUAGUAACGCACGACGCGAAAGUCAUCAACAAGCGCAACGAUGAUUGGGAGAGCAACCCAAUAAUAUUCCAGUUCAAAGACGCCGGAGUGAACUGCGUUGCGGUGGGAAGCUCGCCGAGGUUCAAGGUGUACGACGUGGACUUUGGGUUUGGGAAGCCGGAGAGGGUGCGAAGUGGAUCGAACAACAGAUUUGACGGAAUGGUGUAUCUGUAUCAGGGGAAGACCGGGGUAGGAAGCAUUGACAUGGAGAUAUCGUUGGAGGCUGGUGCAAUGGAGAAGUUGGAGAAGGAUAAGGAGUUUCUAAUGGAGGUUUAGGGGUUUGACUGUGUGUUUUAUUUUUUAUUUUAUUUUAAAAAAUUUUAAUUAAUGUGGGUCAAUGUCUGUGGGUGUUCGGAUUUUCCUAGGUUUUAGAGAUAUGGGAUUUAGUUUAAUAUUUUCCUAUAUGGGAUGUGGAGUAUGUAUAAAAGGUCCUUGUGCGAUGGCUACCGAUUUCGUAUCUCAGCCAGAAGUUAAGGAAGGUUAUCAUGUCGUGUCUUUCUAAUAUGAUUGAUUGUUUUGGUUGGGUCUCCCUCAAUUAA